AAAACACGACUUAUCAGUGGACCUGUAAGUUCAAGGUGUAUGUAUGGGAUUGAGAGGUAUCUUCAUGGACUAAAGCAAGAUGUUCGAAAUAAAUCUCGUCCAGAAGGCUCAAUGGCAGAAGGAUAUCUAGCCAAAGAAUGUGUUGCCUUUGUAGCUAGAUUUUUGAAUGGAUCAAACUCGGCCAAGUUAAUGAUUGUAGUACAUCACAAUCAUUUCUUCCUAAGGUAGGACGUCCAGUAAAAGGGAAAGGAAGGGCAUCAAAGAAAAAAGACCGUGAACACAUACUUGAUCACAAUCAAUGGGUGCAAGCGCAUCGUUAUGUCUUGUUCAAUUGUGACUGUGAGGAAGUUGAGAAAUAUAUAAGGUUAGAUUACCAACCAAAACGUAGUUUUUUUUUUCUUUUUCUCUUGGUUUUCAAUAUGUUUUAAUUGUAGUUUUAAUAAAGUAAUCUUUUUAUAUUUAAUAGUGAGCACAAGGAAUUUGUAAGCGCUAGAGGAAAAAGAAAAUGGAAUAGCGUUCAAGAUCACAGCAAGGAUUUUAUGGAUUGGUUUAGGGAGAAAGUUGAUUUCAUUGUUGAAGAGGGUCAAGACAUCAUCCCUAACAAUAUCAUAUAGUUAUCAAAAGGGCCUUCUUACAUUGCUUAAAAGUAUACAGGGUACUCAGUCAAUGGUUAUAGGUUCCAUACCAUGAAGCGUGAUGCUAAUUGUGUAACUCAAAAUAGUGGAGUCACUCUAACGGCCAUGACACAUAGCUUUGCGAGUUCCAAAGAUCAAAAUCCUGUUGAGGCUAAUGUCAAUUAUUAUGGUUCAAUAACAGACAUCAUUUCAGUAUCUUACCAUGGCUAUUUCUGUGUCGUCUUAUUUAAGUGUGUGUGGUUUCACUCUGAAAAAGACGAUGAUGAGCUUGUAACGAUUAAUAUGUCUAAGACAAUUUCUAAAGAAGAACCAUUUAUCUUGGCAUCUCAAGCACAUCAAGUGUUUUAUGUUGAAGAUCUUAAUAGAGAUGGUUGGCAUUAUGCUGUUCAAAUCCCUCCUAGAGAGCUUUCUGAUGAUGAAGGGGAGUAAAGCAAAAGCUUCUAAUUCCCAAAGUCAGCUUCCAGACUAUGAGUUACAAAGGCUCAGAAAAUUGAAGCAUAAUGCUGAAAGAAUGUCAGCCCAAGGAUCGGGAUCCUUGGCGAAUAAGAUACUGCAACAAAAAACACGCGACAUACUUUGUUCGAGUGUGAGGCAGACAGAUGAUGGCUCCUCAGAAGAUUUUGAUACGGAACAGGAAACUCUUGGUAGUGAAAAAAGACAAGUAUGUGAAAAGGUCUCUUCUCAACAACAUCCAGUUCCUACACGGGAAAUUCAAAGGAAGCAGCAAGAACAACAAUUGGGGUCAACAAAGGCAUUUGUGAAGAAAAGAGCGUUCUGUUCUCCUGGCUCAAUGUCAGCCUACCUCGAGUUUCGGAAACGACAAAAGGAUGAAGCGCUAAUGAUGAGCAGUGAGGUGCGUGAAAAAGGGCAAAAUUAUGAUGAUGAGCAGCUGAAUGAGGCCGAUUGUGCUCUUCAGUUCGAUUAUGAGGGCAAUGAAGCAGCGGAACGAGCAUUUAUGGCACAGUUUGGAACGGAAGAAACAUCAAGUGAAUUGUCCUCGAAAAGGAAAAAACAUCGAGGUCGAACAAUGCUCCACAGAGUUCACGCACGUUCAAGAGAGGAGCGUCCUGUGAUUGUUCUGAACUCAUUAGGUCAGCCAGUUGGACCUACUAAGGAGAUUGUGCAAGAGUUCAAGUUUUUUCUGGGAACGGUGGCAAGGGAUUCCGAACUUGCACCGCUUAACUACAGAAAUUUUCCUAGCCUACCGACACUUGAUAAGAUAUUGGAUUAUGUCCAGGAGAAGUAUAUGGUCCCCCAUGCCGGGUUAAAUUGGGUGAUGGAUGCUGUAAAUAGUUGUUGGAAAUAUUAUAAAUGCCAAAUCAAGAAGAAACACUUCUAUGCAUAUGAUACAGAUGAUUCAAGGUGGGAACAUAAACCAGAUACAAUCUCCGAUCAGAUGUUCCUAGAUCUUCUACAAUAUUGGCAUACCGAUGAGGCGAAGGCAAUUAGCCAAAGCAACAAAAGCAAUCGUCUAAUGUUAGAUGAUAUGCACACUUUGGGACGCAAAUCAUAUGCUAUUUUACGCCAUGAGUUGCAACAACAAGAUCCCGACAAGAAAGAACCUUCUCAAGCAAAGGUUUACAAGGAAUUAAGAAAAAGAAGUGCUGAAAGGACAUACAUUAGCAGCUUUGAAAAAGCAAAAGAGAAUAUUGACAAAAUUGAUGCUUUGGAGUCAGCACAAUCACAAGAAGAUGGUAAUGUAUGCAAUGACCCUUACAGUGAAGUGAUUCCACCUCCUAAACGCAAAAGUCGUUUGCAUCUAUAUGGCUCGGGUGUGAAGAAGAGUGAUUUGAAGAACAAAGAUACAAAGUCAAAUUACAUACUCCCGGAGGAAUUCUUGGUAGGCAUAAAAACACAAUUAGUCCAAGAAAUUGCACCUACCAUCACCGCUGCAGUUUUGGAUUUGAUUCGUGAGGUGAACCCCAGGAUUAAUCUUGUGGUUCCUAGUACUCUGCAGCAAUUGACUCCGCAUGAUGCAUCUAGUGCACCCAAUCGAAAUACUGCCCAAAGUGGACAAUCUUCAAAAUCAUUUAAUCAGGUGGUUGAUGACGAUGAGCUACCCCGGGAUGAAUGAAGUAAGGACUAAUGUUGAUUUUAUGUAUCUAUUGCAACUUCUAGAGAGCUUUCAAAUUAAAUGUUUGUUAAUUAAUUAGCUAGUGAACUGUCAUUUAUAAUUAGUUAGUAUUGACACUUCGUGUACUUUUGUAAUGCAACGAAUAUAUAUUAUAUGUAUUUCGUUUAUUUUGUAA